GAGGGAGUGUGCUGUGAACCCCGGAGGCUUCCUGGAGGCGGUGACUUCGAGCACAGUCUGGGAGGGAAGACCCGCUCCCCGAAUAUUUGCUGUGUGCCAGUCUUCGGGGCCUUGCAGCCUAAUGCUGUGAAUUUCGGCCAAAUUUCUGCCCCUUCCAAGGGCGCGCCCCCCUAACGCGGGCACAGGAGCCACAGCGGGGUGCCCGAGCCCGUGGCCCAGCCCCCCGGCCCCGCACCCCUGCCCCGGGGGGGCUCGGGCGUGCAUACCGCAGGCGCUCGGCGUCCGCGCGCCCUCCCCGGCCCGACGGCCCGAUCGGCGGCGGGGGCGGCGCGGACUACAGGUCCCAGCAUGCCCCGCCGGCCGCGGGGCCGCGAGGCGGUGAGUCAGAGCGCACGGUAAAUAUUUGUAUUAGCCGAGCCGGCUCGCUAAUGGUGGACGCGUGAGGCGGAGGCGCGAGCGGCGCAGGGAGGCCGGAGCGGGCAGCGCGGCGGCGCCAUGUCCGUGAACAUGGACGAGCUCAAGCACCAGGUCAUGAUCAACCAGUUCGUGCUGACGGCGGGCUGCGCGGCCGACCAGGCGAAGCAGCUGCUGCAGGCGGCCCACUGGCAGUUCGAGGGCUGGAUGUUGCAAAACUUGCAAAACCACAUUCAUGGCCGUUUGCUGGAGUCCCAUGUCUGCAUGCAGGGCUACAUCCUUGUCGGAGCCGGGCAGACGGCCCUCAGCGCCUUUUUCCAGGAGACCAACAUCCCCUACAGCCACCACCACCACCAGAUGAUGUGCACUCCCGCCAACACCCCUGCCACACCCCCCAACUUCCCUGACGCCCUCACCAUGUUCUCCCGCCUCAAGGCUUCUGAGAGCUUCCACGGUGGCAGCAGCGGUAGCCCAAUGGCCACGACAGCCACUUCACCCCCGCCACACUUCCCCCAUGCCACCCCUGGCAGCUUUGCAGCACCCAGCUGGCCGACUGCAGCCUCGCCCCCGGGAGGCCCACAGCACCACCAGCCGCAGCCGCCCCUGUGGACUCCGGCACCCCCUUCCCCGCCUUCAGACUGGCCACCCCUGGCCCCCCAACAGGCUGCCUCAGAACCCAGGGCCCACCCUGCCAUGGAGGCGGAGAGAUAAGGGAGGCCCCUCCCCCCUCCCGGAGGCCAGGACCCCGUGGGGUGGGGGAGAGGACGUCUCCGUGGGCCCCCGUCACUCCUUCUCUGUCUGCACCCCUGUGCCCCAGGGCCCUGGAGGGGAGAGACUGGACUCCAGCCAGGCAGGCACGUGUCUCGUGCCAGCACGCACGGCUGCUCUCACGCCAGUUCACAGCACGGCACGCAGCCCCCAGCUCGCAUGGAUUUGGCUCAGUGGCUUGGCGCCUGGUGGACAGCACCUUGGAGACCACACAGCCUUCCCACGAGGACUCACCCACCCUCCCCUGACCCGGCCUGGGGGUACUGCAGACAGUCACCCAGCGGAGACACAGCUGGUUCCUGACUUGGCACUCUCCAGGGCUGGCAGGCCUAGGUCCCCACACUUGGGAAUGCAGAGCCUUCUCCGCAUGUGCGUGUUUAGCUGUGUCUGUGUAUUUAUACGUAUGUCGCUCUUUAAAAGGCAACCUAGAUUACGGGGCAGCUGGACUUUGCAUGUUAGAGUGAGCCCCGAGCCCCUUGCCCACCGUCCCUACCCCCAGGGCCCUGCCUCUCACCCCACACCCUUGUCAGCCAGCACUGCUGUUCCCUGCAGAGAAAAGGAUUAUGGGAAACUCCAGGACUCUUCCCACCAUCCCCAGCGCCUGCCUGCUGGGCUGCCUGCAUGCCUGCCCCAGAGCCCGGGGUACCUGAUUCCCAUCUGCUUUCCCCAUUUUAACAGAAGAAAGAAUUCCAAACCACCCCAGGCUUUGUGGUCUUGCCUCAUGCCCUAGGCUUUGCUGCCAGCUUACUCUGGAGAAGAAUGCCAAGCAGCGUCCAGGCCACUCCAGUCUCACCCAGCUCCACACUACUGCCUGUCACUGUCUUAAUCCACAGCAUUUUCUGGAAUCUUCCUACCCAUUCAAGACUUUACCCAUGAAGUUGGUUUUCUGGCUUGGUUCCAGAAUCCCCCCCACUGCUCAGACAUGAUAGAUCUCUACCCCCAGUUUUGAGUAAGCAAGGCAACAACUGCUUCCUUCUUCCUGGGCUUCACAUGGGACCUUUUCUUGGAUCCUCUGAGCCUAGCCUCUAGCAGCACAGCUAGGUGGGGCAGCCUACUGGCCCAUGUCCACCUGGGAUGUCUGGGUAUGGAGGAGGGAAGGGGAGAAGAUCUUUGGCUUCCUGAGUCCACUCUGCACUUUUUCUGCUCUGGGAUGGAAGCAAAUUCUCAGAACUGCCACAGUACCCCACAAGUGGUAGGAAAAGACUGCAGAGUUAGUUUGUGUUUUGGAUCCUCUGCCGUGUGGGUGAGGGCACAGGCCCUCCCCAGGGGCAGACUGCCAAGGUGGUCCUAAGUGUCAGCUGUACACAAGAUGGCACAUGGUCUAGAUUCUGCACAGUGGGAAGCUGGGUAGCAUUUUUUUUUUUUUUUUUUUUUUUUUUUAAUGACCAGUAGCCCCUGGGGGACCAAAGUGGGCCCCAGGUUAGUGACAUCACCCAGUCCUCAGCCCAGAGUCUCUGGUACCAAAUGCAACACUAAAGUGUAAGAUGCCCUACAUAUCUUUACUAAAUGCUGAAACUUGGGGUGUCCCUCCUAGUCCAUUUCUGCUCCCAGGGCCACCGUGAGCUGGGCCUGGAGGUCUCAGGUGAUUGGGGUACUUGAAGGCAGAAGGGACUUGGAAGUUUCUUGUAGAUCUGACCUUUCCAACGUUGGCACUGUUGACAUCUGGAAUUGGAUUAUUGUCCCUGCAGUAGGCACUUUCGAGUACAUUGUGAGAUGUCAAAUAGCAUCCCAAAAGCCUAACCUAGAAACAGCACCCCCAGUUGUGACGAUCAGAAAUACCUACUGACACCUGGGAAGUCACCCCAGUGGAGGGCCCCUCUCUAGUCCUGGGGUUUGCAAUCCUGGCUGCCUUCCUACAUCUGAAUUCAGGGAAAGGGCCCCCAGGUGGAUAGCUGCAGUCCAUCUGCCUACUCUUAAAUGCCAUGCAUUUUACACUAGAAAAAGGUGAGCUUUGUGGUGUGCCAAUUUUGCCAGCAAAGCUGUUACUAAAAAUAAAGCCACUCCUGAAGGAAUCUGAUGCAGCUGCCCCACACAUGGUGACAGCCACCAGGCUCCUGCCUCCCAAACCUGCAGACCAAGAAGGCCCCUGAAUGCUUAUUAAACAUGCUCAAGGCAGCUGCCCCUGUAAAGGGUCCUAGACAGUUGUAGUAAGUGUCCCAGGCAAGUGGAAGCAAUCUGGGGGCUCUGGGCAGAGCAGACUGCAGCGGGGGCCUAGGAACCUGGGUGUUGCCAGUGCAUGCCAAGGCCGUGCCCGGUGUGCUUUCAAGCCCUGGCCUGAGCUUCAUGUAGACAAGGGAGGGGCUGCAAGAGUGGGCCAGGACUUGCAGGGUGGCCCAGACACCACAUGCCCCAGAACUCAAGUGUGACAACAUGGAACCUCAAGCCUGGAAGCUGAGAAGCAAAACAGACCAGUGACAACCCAUGUGUCCAAGAGGAAGAUGGCUAAAAAGCAAAGGAGCUCAAGUUUUAGGACAGACCCAAUACUAGACCUCCCUGGGCUGUGCUUCAUUAAGCACCAGGAGCCACCUGAGCAACAAGAAAACCAUCCUGUUACUUUGAAGACCAGUGCUUCUGAGCUGAUCAUGCCCUGUUCACGGUGGACUGGAGCUCUAGAUGACUCAAGACCGUCUCCAAACUCCCACUCUAAAAAACACCAUGGGGCUGGGUGUGGGAGCACACACUUGUGAUCCCAGAACCUCUAGAGGCUGCGGUAAGAGGAUUGCAAGUUCCAGGGCAGCCUUAGCAACUUAGCAAGACCCUAUCUCAAAAAAUAAAAAGGGCUGGGGAUGUAGUUCAGUGGGAAAGAGCCUCUGGGUUCAGUCCCUGGCACCAAAAAAUUAAAAAAAAAAAAAAAAUUAAAACCACAAAUGGCAUCCAUGAGUUUGCUCCAAAGAACAUAUUUCAGGCUCUUCAUGCCUUGAUUCCCAGCGAGGACAGAGCAGCACCAGAAGCAAAGCCUGCACAUGGGUGGCGAGCGGUGGCUGCAGCCUUGUGGUCCACUUUGGGUGAGGGCACACAUCUCGGGGCUUGCACACCCUCACCCCUCCAUGCUGUGUGGCUUGUGCAGUACUGCACACAUUUUAAGGACAUUUGCCAACUUUAAAUCAGGAGGGUUUAUGUGAAAAACCUUCCUUCUGACUUAUCCUAGAAAACUGGAAUAUAUGACCCAAAUUCCCUCUAGGCCACAAGUGACUGGCAUUGACCAGCAUGCUGGGGACACAACCAGGCCCACCCCUGCUGGCCAAUCCCCUGGCAACAUAGAUGUCAUUUCCAAUUACUGCCUCAGAACCUGCCCAGACUGAUGGGGACCUUGCUUUUCACCACAAGCUGCGGCAGAAGUAGUGUCCCUGCUCCAAGGGGAAGGGCCUCUGGCAGAUGAGCAGGUCACUAAGUUGUUUUCUGCUGUGGGCAGGCUCCUCCUGACAGUCUUAAAGAGAAAAGGGCUUGUGCUGUGAGAGGCAUGGACACCGGGCCACACCCAGGUCUUGAGUGUCCCCAGGGUCUCUUCAGUGGCCCAGCCAGGGUUGUCUGAGAACACACAGCAGCCAGCCCAGAGAACCACACUGUCCCACUGACUGCAGCCCUGGAGGGCUCCCAGGGGCUCUUCCUGGCACCGCUGCCCAGCCAAGGACAGAUGAGCCCUUUGAGUUGGAUCUACCUCCCCAUGUGGGAGGCCUCCUGGCUUGGCCAAGAUGGAGUCUAGAUACAAGGCUGUUUAUAACUCUUCCAACUGGAAAGGUCUCUGGGUUUGUAGCCACAGCUUAUGCUUGGGUAAUAUAUGUAUUUCAAAUGAGCCUUAAAAGAACUCAGUUCUUUUGGGGUGGGUGAGGCCGAGCCCUUCUGGGGAGGGCAGUGUGGCACUGCUUUUGGACUGCCAAGGCCUGUUGGUGGCACACCACGUGGCGCUGGGAGCCUGGGGGUAGAAUCCUGCUCCCCCUCAGGAACCACUUCUCACCACUGGGGAAUAAGAACACUGCAAACGUAGGUGGGGCCAUUCCUAGAGACCCCGAUCAAGCCACGAGCAAGGAGAGGGAGGGGCGAGGAGAAGCCCUCUGGUGUCACACGUCUGGAGAGUCUGCAUAGAGCCCCACAUCCAUGGGAAGUCAAAGGUCAGGCAGAUAGGAUGGUGCCACAGGGGCCAGCUCAGGAGUCCAGUGUCCCGGAACGGCCUUCGGGCUGGUGCCGGCACUGCCGCCUUCCCGCUGUCUGCCUGGGCAUUGGUGGUGCAUUUUUCCAGGGCAGAUCUCCUUGCUCAGAACACACAUUUGCUGCUGCGGGUAGUUUAAACCUCAGGGUUAGUAAGUGUGUGAUCUCUGAAAGGGAGAAAUAUCCAGUGGCCUUUCACCGGCUGCGGUGGCUGUGGGGUGGUCACCAUGCAGCAUCUGCUCCAUUCCAGCAGCACUUCCAGGUGGGACCCCUGCUCUGCAAAAAGCUUCUUCCCCACCUCCUGCCUGGCCAUCCAUGCAACCCCACCAGCAUUCCACUGUACAAGACCAAUUCACCUCAACCUUAAAACUCAAAAGUCCUGCAACCCAGAAACUUCCUUCACUCCUGAGCAAACCCGGGUGGUUUGUCACCUUAUCCCCUGUUCAGCCUGGUCAUGCAGCUAUGUCCGGGCCGGGCGUUAUGGUCUGCCUUGUGGAGGAAGAAACUGGGUCAGGGCCUUCCAAAGUGGAGCUACACUGCUCCCAAGUGCCUUCUGCUGUUGUAAUGGGGUCAGCCGUGCUCCCAUAGCAGCCGCCUGGGGGGCCCUUGGGUUGGUACAACUCCUGGCUCCCAGCCUCCAAACCUGCAGGACCCCCUCCCUGGGGACAGACUGUCUUCUUGGUUUGCUCUCAGCUAGAGUCCCCACCUCCCAAGGUACCCAGGAGGUCUGUAAGAAUGCAGAUGGGUCACAUGCUGACCUACUGGGCCCCUGCUCCUCAGUCUCUGGAUGCAGAGACCAGCUCAAGUGCUGACUCCCCAGGAUAUGCACCUGCAAGAUGGGCCCAGAAGGCACCUUUGAAGGGGCACCAUGGGGAGAGUGACUGGUGCCCAGCCCAGGGGACCAGGGAGAGCCCCUGGGUGGCCACAUGAGAUGUAGCAUGGGCACAGCCAGCAGAUCUGCCCCACUGAAGCCUGUACCUCCCCAGCUGACCUGAGUGGGGCAGGCCUCCCCUGGCUGCCGUGGAGAAGGAUGAAAACUGGCCCCACUGCUUCCGACAGUUCCCACCAGGUGUGGCCUCCUGGGCAAGGGCCAGAGAGCUAGGGCCUCACCCUGUGUCCCUGGGCCUGUGGAGACCCCUGGUCUGCCCAACACACAGUUGGGACAGCUCAGAGCAUGUGGUCACUGUAGGAAUGUGGCAAAGGAUAAAGGUUUGUUGCAAGUCUCUGCUGACACUCAGCCUGGGUGGCUGUGGGCAGGGGUGCUGGGAGGCUGAGCCAGGGUAGCAAGAGGAGGGACCAGUGAGUCCUACUCAGGUAGAGAAGGCAAGGCCACCCUCUGCAGACAGCACCCAGCCAGGCCCCUCAUCUAUGGUCAGAAAGAUGGAAGAUUUUAUUCCGGGAAGAAGUUGCCAAAAAUACUCAUCUGUGACAAGGAGGUGGGGCUGGGGCUGUGCGAACCAGUGGACCCCGAAGCAGCCUCGAGGGGUGAACCGCUUGGGUUCGGCGGAGCUUGGCCUCAUUUGAACACCGUCCUUGGGGGAAAAAAAGACCAAUCAGAUCAGGUUGGUCUCAGAUUUGCUUCUUCCAGAUGUUUCAUGGAAAUGGAACCGUGGUGCUCUGUCCUCCACUUCUGAACCCAGAGCCUCCUUUUCCUGUCCAGCCAAGAAUCACCAUGACUGUGACUGGCCACCAUCCUAAUCCCUGGAACCCUGAAUACAGUACCUUCUGUGGAAAAGGGGACUGUACUGAGUUGACAUUGAGGUGGGACAAUUAACCCAGGUUAUCCAGGCGGGACCUAAGUGUAAUCAUGGGGUUCUGGGGGGUCAGAGUUAGAGGUGAUAACAGAAGCAGAGGCUGGUAUGGUGCCCUCUGUGGACAGAGAAGGGGGUUCUCCACCUGGAAAAGACAAGGGGUGGUCUUGCCCCUGGAGCUUCCAGAAAGGACCAGCCCUGUUGAUAUCUUGAUUUUAGCCCAGUGCAACUGAUCUCGGACUUCCAGCCUCCAGAACUAAGAUGCUGAAUCUGCGACACAGGAGAAGCCCAAGCCUGCAUGCCUUGGGAGAGGCAACCAGCCAUGAGGAGGCCCAGCUGGUGGGGCUCUCCACACAACGCCCUCCCACCUGCCUCUGCAGCCCUGCUCCUUCCACCUGGAGCAUCCCUCUGGCCACCUCCUCCUGCACUCCUGUACACAGCCGACCUUCUGUGGACACUCUCUGGAGGCCCCACCAGAGGCGCACCUCUCUGCCGGCUGUGGGGAGCACCCUGGGGAUCAGGUGCUUCUUUGUGCAGACCUAGGCUGGGGACUGGAGCAUCAGCAUCAGGAAGGCCACAGGCUGGUCUCUGGAGGCCUCGGGGGGCAGACAAAGUCUGGCUGCAUAGCAGGUCCAAAUGGACAGGGUGAUGGAUGGGUGAAUCCAUCCAUCUGGGGCCUGGCUGGAGCUGGGAGUACUCAGCCUGGCAAGUGUUAGGUUGAAAUAUGGAGUCUGUUUGGGAUUAGAAUGUUCUUUUGUGUGA